CGAAUUAGUUGCAAACGAGCCGCAUCGUCGAGCAGUUCGCACAAACUUUAAGUUCGCCAGCAAAGUCGUCCAGUAUCGCGAGCUCAUCACAUUACCAAGUUUUCACUUGAUUUAUAUAGCCGUCGUUUUUGGGGUCGUUGAGCCAGUAGUGGACUGAACUCGGUGUCGAAAUGAGCACUUUGGCACUGGUGGCAUUCGUCCUUUGGGCAGCUUUUCUGCGCUACCUACCCAAGAUUCUGAACUUUCUGAGACUGCAGAGAUUUGCGAAAACUCUGCCUGGUCCCACGAUCGGCGAACUGAUUGCCAAUGUUAAGAAAGGCGAGAUCCUCAACUGGCUGAAGGAACUGAGGGAGAAGCAUGGUCCGGUAUUCCGCAUCUGGUUCGGCAAGGACCUGAUGGUGAUGUUCACGGAUCCGGAGGACAUCAAGCAGCUGCUCGGCAACAACCAGUUGCUGACCAAGUCGCGGAACUACGAACUGCUCGAGCCCUGGCUGGGCAAGGGUCUGCUCACGAAUGGCGGCGAGUCCUGGCAUCGUCGUCGAAAGCUCCUCACUCCGGGCUUCCAUUUCCGCAUCCUUGGCGAGUUCAAGGAGCCCAUGGAGGAGAACUGCCGCAUCCUGGUGCGUCGGCUGAGGGCCAAGGCCAAUGGCGAGUCCUUCGACAUCUAUCCUUAUAUUACCCUGUUCGCCCUGGACGCCAUCUGCGAGACGGCCAUGGGCAUCAAGAAGCACGCCCAGCUGCAGAGCGAUUCCGAAUAUGUGCAGGCUGUUCAAUCUAUUUGCCGUGUGAUGCACAAGCAGAGCUUCUCCUUCUGGCAGCGACUCAACGUGUUCUUCAAGCACACAAAGCCCGGAAAAGAGCGAGAGGCAGCUCUAAAGGUACUCCACGACGAGACCAAUCGGGUAAUCCGGCUGCGUCGUGAGCAGCUCAUCCAGGAGCGCAACGAAUCCCGCCCAGAAGCGGAGCAGGACGAUGUGGGCGCCAAGCGGCGACUGGCCUUCCUCGACAUGCUGCUGCUCACCCAAAUGGAGGGCGGUGCAGAGCUGAGCGACACCGAUAUUCGCGAGGAGGUGGACACCUUCAUGUUCGAGGGCCACGACACCACCAGUUCGGCCAUUGCCUUCGCCCUGAGUUUGCUGUCCAAAAAUCCGGAUGUACAGCAGCGCGCCUACGAGGAGGCCAGCGAACUGGAGGGCAGGGAGAAGGAAUCGAUGCCCUAUCUGGAGGCGGUGAUCAAGGAGACGCUGCGCAUCUACCCCUCGGUGCCAUUCUUCUCAAGGAAAGUCCUCGAGGAUCUGGAGGUGGGCAAGUUGACGGUGCCGAAGGGCGCCUCGAUAAGCUGCCUCAUCUACAUGCUCCAUCGUGAUCCCAAGAACUUCCCCGAUCCCGAGCGAUUCGAUCCCGAUCGCUUCCUGCUCAACGAGAAGCAAAUGCAUCCGUUCGCCUUCGCCGCUUUCAGUGCGGGACCCAGAAAUUGCAUAGGUCAAAAGUUUGCCAUGUUGGAGUUGAAGACCUCGCUAUCGAUGCUGCUGAGAAGCUAUCGCUUCCUGCCCGACGGGGAUCAUCAGCCAAAGCCGUUGGCCGAAUUGGUGACAAAAAGUGGAAAUGGCAUUCGACUUCGGAUCUUGCCACGGGAUGAGAACGGAACGACAGCAUAAAGCCAUUAUCUCAAUAUGAUUGCUAGUUUUUUAGGGCACCACCAUCAUGUCUAGAUUAGGAUUAAGCUAACGAUAUAGUGAACAAUGAAAAACAAUUUUAGCGUAGUGACGCACUUUGAAAAGCCCAGCUGGGGGCCCAUUUCUUAUCACUUACAACCUUGCCAUAUAGAUUAGAAAAACAUUGAUAAUUGUUUUUUUGUUUUUUUUUUUUUUGUUUUUUCUUUGUUUAUUUCUCGCUUUGAACUUUGAAAAAUACAAUCGAUCAUAUACAUAUA